UCUGCGUAACAUUUUGUUUUCCUAAUUCUAAGCAAAAGGAAACCAUUUGCAGAAAGUUUUCCCAAAAGCCGCUCUAUUAUUUGCACUGCUUUUUUAUUCUAUAUCACAGUAAACCGCACGCGUACAGUGGUUCGCUGGCCGACGAGGCGUCUUUUGUUUCCAUUCGUUUGCUUAUCAGCUGUGCUUGGUUUGACUUGGUUGUGUGUUGCUUGCGUUGUUGUCUACGCUUCGAAAAUCGCGUCGCAGUUCGUCUAUUCGUCAUUCGCCGUCAUCGGGAAUCUAUUUUUUAUUCUCUGUUGUGAGUUGCCGCUUUGAAUGUAGUAUGUGCGUAGUUCUCCAACACAAUUAGCCCGCGGAAGGUUUGAGAAUCGUCCCGCGACAUAGCAUGGUCAGUCUGCUUCGAAACUUUACAUCAAGCUCGGGCGGACGAUUCUUUGAUGAUUCAUCAAGAAUGGACGACAGUAGACAACAAAUGCACGAGCCGAUCCUGGCGGCAGAGGAAAACGACGAGUUUCGACCGCUUCGCACGGUGCAACCGUUCAGCUUUCAUCUCCUGGUGUCAAGUAUCAUCUCUUUAACUGGCAUUGUGCUUGCGGCCACAUGGGACGAUAAUCGACGAUGCGAGGCGUACUUUAUAAUGCUCUACCUCCGUGCAGCAUUUUGGAUCAUUUCCUACCUGGUCGACAACUGGGUAAAGCAUCACCACGAAAAGUUGCGCCUCGCCGGAUAUCACGAUUUCCACCGUGCCACCGAACAACAUCGGACCAUACCGUUGCAGAUCGUGUCGUUGUGGAAUACCUUCCUGCUGGCAAUUCAAACCCUCAUCCAGCACUACUACGGCGAUGCAUUCGGAGAAAAGUGCAUUGUGGUUGGCUUGCUGUCACCAAUCGUGUAUAUAGCAGCAUUCUCAAGCCUUGAAACAAUGGUCCUUUGCGUCGUCAAUGGAUCCUACAUUGCCAAAGUGCGACGAUUUAAUCGCACCGCUUCGCCACCGGAUGCUCUCCAGGACAAUCGUGGAUUUACCGGUGGUUCCCUCGGCUUGACACAGCGCGGUCUCAGCACGGCCGAGCUGCUGGAGAAGCAAGCUGACCUUAUCAAGUAUCUGAAGGAUCACAACUUGAAGCUAAACCAAAAGAUAAUGCAAAUGAACGCUCAAGUCCGGACCAUUACCUACCCCGGAUAAGCGGAAUAUUCCAACGUUGCCUUCAAUCGAUUUACUUAACUAAAUCGCAGGAAAUAAGGAUAAAGGAAUUUAGUAAGCAAAGAGGUAAAAUGGAGUUGAAAUUGAAGAAGUACAAUGUCAAUCGUUGGAUAGACUUCACUCGUGGCCAGGUUCUAGCAUCAUGAUUAAGAUUGAAGAGACAUGCAACUGAAAUAGCGUGGCCCGCGUUUACAUUAGAAUGGAAACCCAUCGGACUGAUUGACUGCAGCUGCUGUUAGUUCAGGGGCAUGCAGAAAACAUUUCAUUGCGAUUGCUACCGAAUUUUCCUAGAGUGCAACCCGUCAUAUGUUCAAGAUAUCGAAGAGUUGAUCACAGAUAUCUUUACCGUUUCGUUUUGGUUUGUUCUCAUUAUUUAUCAUUCCUUUGGAAAUUUUUUUUAGCAAGUUCAAAAUUAAUUGCAUAUUUUCUGUACAAAGAAACGUGGGUGUAAAGUGCUAGAUGACGAGUGAAAAAGGUUAACGUUAUACUAGCAGCAAUCGAUUUUCUAAAUUGUAAAAAUUGGAAAGUUAUCGAACGAUUCCUUUUGGAAACAGUGAUAAUAAAGAGUCAUGUAGAGAAUGGCGCCA